UUUACUGGGACACAACGGUGAACACCUGCCACGGCUUAAAGCCUGGAGUCUGCGGCACACAGAGUGAAGGCUGGCGUGACAAGAGGACUUUCUCCCCCUCCCUUUUGAGCAGUGCGCUUUUGUGAGCGUUCUCACGAGAGCAGCCAAACACCUUUUGACAUUUGUUGCCUUUAUCUCCACAACUUCCCAGAUAAGGGCAGACAAUCAGACAACUGCCAAGGGAGUGCAUAAACUGCAUGUUUUUUGCCUUUAUCGCAAAAAGCGAGACUUCUUGGUCGCGCCAAGAGGAUUCCACUGAAAAACACCACCCAACAUUUCAGCGAUUUGAGAGUUUGUUCCACAGAGCAUUAGCUGAAACGCCGAGAGAGUUUAGAGGAAUGCAGCGAUAACAUCUUACCUGCGCCUCAAAGUCACUGUGGACUCUGGUUUUGUCCCCGGCUCUCAGAGAGGAUAGAAAGAAACAAAAAAGGUGUCUAUAGGCAGUCUGUGGGCACUAUGGGAACUAAACUCCUCCUGUUACUGCUGCUGGCACAGUGUGUGUGUGGAGUAAACUGCAUCCUGCGCUCAGCCCCCAGAGUGACUCUAGCGUUUAAAGAGCUAAUGGACACUCGGGCAGCAAGGCCAUUCAGCUUCUCCUUCAACACCAGCGACUACCGAAUCCUCCACAUGGACCAGGACCAGGGCCGGCUUUACCUGGGCACCCGCGAGUAUCUGGUCUCUCUGGACAUGCAGAAUGUCAACAAGGAACCUCUUAUUAUCCACUGGCCUGCUCCAGCACAGAGAAAGGGGGAGUGUCAAAUGACUGGGAAAGGAAAACAUGGGGAGUGUGCUAACUUUGUGCGCCUAAUUGAACCCUGGAACAGAACUCAUCUGUUCACAUGUGGCACUGGAGCUUACAAACCCAUCUGUACCUUCGUCAACAGAGGCUGGAGAGCUGAGGACUAUCUCUUCAGGCUGGUCCCUGGACAUCUGGAAUCAGGAAAGGGCAAAUGCUCCUACGACCCAAACCAUGAAGAUGUGGCGGCUCUCAUCAAUGGUAAUCUGUACGCUGGAGUGCAUGUGGACUUCAUGGGCACAGACCCUGCCAUCUUUAGGACCAUGGGGAGCAGACCGGCUGUGAGGACAGAGCAGUAUGACUCCCGGUGGCUUAAUGAACCUGUGUUCAUUCAGAUAAAGCAGAUUCCAGACAGCUCAGAGAAAAAUGAUGAUAAGCUCUACUUCUUCUUCCGGGAGAAGAGUCUGGACUCUGGAGGCACUGCAAGCCCCAGCGUGUUGGCCAGAGUGGGACGAGUGUGUCUGAAUGAUGAAGGAGGCCAGAAGUCUCUGGUGAACAAGUGGACGACCUUUCUGAAAGCCAGGCUGGUUUGCUCCGUGAUGGGUGAUGAUGGUGUGGAGACUUUCUUUGAUGAGCUGAGAGAUGUCUUUAUUCAGCCCACCCAGGAUGAGCGUAACCCCAUGGUUUAUGCAGUUUUCUCCACUGCUGGGUCAGUGUUUAAGGGAUCAGCUGUGUGCGUGUACUCUAUGGCUGAUAUCCGUAAUGUUUUUAAUGGGCCUUUUGCCCACAAACAUGGACACAACUACCAGUGGACAGCGUACACAGGAAAGAUUCCCUACCCUCGACCUGGAACUUGUCCCGGAGGCACAUUUACACCAGGCUUACGCUCUACUAAGGAUUUCUCUGAUGAGGCUGUAAACUUCAUCCGUAACCAUCCCCUCAUGCACCACCCUGUGUAUCCUAUACACAAGCGCCCCCUGGUGGUGCGCUCAGGGGUGGACUACCGCUUCACCACCAUUGCUGUGGACCAGGUGGAUGCUGUGGAUGGGAGAUAUGAGGUGUUUUUUCUGGGCACAGAUCGUGGUACAGUCCAGAAGGUAAUAGUCCUGCCCAAAGAUCCCACCACCAUGGAAGAGCUGACAUUAGAAGAAGUGGAAGUUUUCAGGACUCCUGCCCCAGUUAAAACAAUGAGGAUAUCUGCUAAAAGGCAACAGCUGUAUGUAUCAUCAGAUGCAGGUCUUACUCAAGUGUCUUUGCAUCGUUGCGGUGUGUAUGGAAAGGCCUGCUCAGACUGCUGCCUGGCCCGAGACCCCUACUGCGCCUGGGAUGGAGAGAGCUGUGCCCCUUUCACACAGGCCACUAAAAGGAGGAGCAGGAGGCAGGACGUUAAGCACGGUGACCCUCUACGCCAGUGUAGAGGCUUUAAUGCUAAAGUGGAGAAGAGACUGAAGGAGACAGUGCAGUUUGGCGUGGAAGGAAGCAGUACGUUUUUAGAGUGUGUACCACGGUCACCUCAAGCUACUGUCAAGUGGCUCUUUCAGAAAGAAGGAAGAAGGAAACUGCUGAAUCGAGACAGGGAGGUGUUGAAGACCCCUCAGGGCAUACUGCUCAAAUCUCUCACCCACUCGGAUGCUGGCCUCUACCACUGCCUGGCCACCGAGAACAACUUUAAGCACACCCUGGCACGCGUCUCCCUGCGCAUCCUGGACCGGGACAUUGCCGUGGCCCUCACAGUGCCGGACGAGGAGGAGGAGGAAGAGAUGAUGAAGAGACAUCAGAAGCCUCAUCAGCAGGAGCCUCCAACUGCUCCUCCAGCCAACACAGCACUACCGCUGGAGGCAGAGAUGCGCAUGAUCCACCAGUACUGCCAGUCCUACUGGGCAGAGCUCUCCACUGCAGGGAAGGCUGAGGAACAGCAGACCAAACGCACCAGCCGCAGACACACAGAGGGCCUGGAGCCCAGCGGAGGCUGAGGAGCUCAGGAACUGCCCAGUCCUUUAUUCCUCCAUUUAUUCAGUACAGGGAUGUCUGGUUCCAGUCCUGGAUGGUCAGAGUCCAGCACAGUUUAGUAAUUUCUUUGCUCAAACACCUGGUUGAAACACUUGCAUCACUAGAAGACAUAUUGUCUGUACCAAUAUACAGAGACUGGUGUCUCAUACAGUGCUCUCCACAAAUAUUGGCACCCCUGGUGAACGUAGUAGCUGUAAAAAACAUUCUUUCUUGCUUAUCCUUUUGAUCCUUCAUGUAAAAUAUAAACAAAAAUCCCACCUUAUUUGAAGUACAAUUGAAGGGAAGAAAACAAAUUUUAUCAUGAAAUAAAUAUUUUUUCUCAAAUUUAUUUUGUGUGCCACAAGUGAAGGUACCUCUACAAAUUCUAAAGACUGAAAUCUAACUGAAGUGAAUUUUUAUUCAGAUUUUAGGUUUUAAAGGUCCCCAUGAGUGAUAAAUCGUUACCUAUGACUUCCUGUUUCAGGAAGUAACUGGAGGUGUUAAGAAUCUGCCAGGAAGAGGAUGUAUGUCUAUAUUGACCUCAUGCAUGGUGGGAAGGAUGGUUUGAGUAGCUAAAGGAUCGCAGAUGGAGACUUGCAGACAUUAGUUAAGUCUUGAGGUCAGAAUUUUUCCCAAAAUACAAUCAAACGCCACCUCCAUAACCAAGAGUUAUUCGGGAGUGUUUUCAGAAGAAAGCCUCUGCAGGACCAACAAACUCAAGCACCUACAAUUUGCUAGACUUAAAUAUCACCUGAUAUAUUUGGAAGUGACUGUGGUAUUAGAUGUGAGCACUAAACAGGUAUAUUUUAAGCAGGGAAAUCACCCAACUAUGCUAGACUAAGGCCCUCCAGGACCAGAUCUGGACACCCCUGGUUUAGUCCCUCAAUCUGUCCUUGUCUUGUUUAUUCACCUGGCUGAGGUCGAAAAGUUGGAGUUAACGCACUACUGCUCGUAGAGAUCAUUCCAUGUGUUUACUCGACUCUUUUUCUGUAGUUUGUUCAUUCAUUAACCCUUUAAAACCUAAAACCUUAACAUGUCACUGCCAGACUAAUAGCUUUACAACAUGACAUAUCAGCAUGCUUCAAAUUCCAUGUUAAACUAGAGAAACUAGACAGAUUAAUCUUUUAUAGGUUGCAUAUUUGUAUUCAGUAACUGGCAUAAAUGAAAAAUAUUUUUAAAAACAUAGUGAUAGUGUAAUAUAUCAUCACUUUUCAGUCAAAAACUGAAUAAAGAUAUUCCCAGGUGGCCACUUUUAGGUUUAGGUUGUAAAGGGUUAAUGCCGACAUUUGUUUUGUCCUUUACUUGAUCAUUCAUGUUUUUGUUGUUUGUUAUUAUGUUUUUUCCCCCCUUAUGUUCUUCCUUCCUAAUAUUAUUAAUAGUCAUAUGCAGAAGUUUGGACACCCAUGAUCAAAUUACAUUUAGCUGUUUUCUAGUGAAAAGAGGUUGACACAUCCUCUACAGAGAACACACUUCUGCAUGUUUUAAUGCACAAUAACUGUUUAUUUGCUGAAUUUAAUAUACUAGAGAAAAAUCUUUACAUUUUGGUGUGUGCAAAAGUUACAGCACAUUUUAUAUUGUGUUUAUUGUUUCCAAUAUGUUAAACUCAGUAAAUAAACAAAAAAAGUGCACUAAAAUUUGAAAUAAAAUGCCGUAUUUAAGCUUGUUCUCUGUAGAGGAUGUGCUCACUUAUUUUCACUUAGAACAUCAACAUAAUUUGGCCCGGGGUGUUCAGACUUUUGCAUAUGACUGUAUCUCCUCAGCCUAAUAUUGAACCUUUUAUAUGUUACAUUAAUUUUGGACCAUAUUUAAAUGUGCUUAUGCUAUGACCAUCAUCAUGAUGUAACGUUGUGUAUGUGGGCAGAGUUGGUGUAAACUGUUACUGAUCUCCAGUUUAGUGGCUUUAAAAUACCUUCAUUUUGCCGUUCCAAAUUCUGGUUUAUGUUACCAGUGGAACUCAAGUUUAAGCACCUUACAGUAUGAUUUAAUUCGAGCACAGUACUGGAGAACAUGACUUUACUGUGUGUGUGUGUGUGUGUGUGUGUGUGUGUGUUGUGUGACCAUUCAGUCUAUGGGCCAGUGCAAUUCCCCGUUUGCUGACUGGAUGCUGAGAGCACAUGGUCAAGUGCAGAUUCUAGUAAACCAGUGGUUAAAGUUGUACCUGUAUCCUAGUUACUUCUUCUUGGUUAGAAAAUGGCACCAAAUCUUUUGCAAAGAACACUACAAUGCCUUCAUGUGUGUGUCACUGUAGCUAUCUGACACUUUGUAAUGUAUAUUUAUUUUAAGGUUGUAUAUUUUUUUUCUCUGACAAAGCUUAUUGGUAGAGGAUAUAUAAAGUAAUGGUGGAGGGCAUUUCUGCAUGAGUGACAGAGGAGAUAUACAGUACAGUAUUUAUUUAAAUGUAAUUAUAAUGACUGACACUGUUUUAGGAAUUAAGUAGAGACAGUGAUUGACCUUUCUUUGGAUAAAUGUUAAUCACCAUAGGAAAUGUGUAGCUACUAAUGAUUCACCCUCAAAAUGAUAACACUGGAUUUCGGAGGUGACUAAAACCGCACAAAUGACUUUAUUGUUUUUGUCUGUUUUUACAUAGAUUGGCAACCCAUUGUGUUGUUUAAAUGUUGUCUUGUUCUUAAAUAUAAUGUUAUAAAGAAAAUAAAAGAAUUGCUGUGUA